UCCGGAUUGAUCAAAGCCAAGUGGGCGGGGCCGUCGCCCGGGGCGACUCUCUCGGGAGGCUCGUGCCCUGUCUCAGUAGCGUCGGGGCUGGCGCGCGCGGCUAAUCUUAACGUUGCGCUGUUUGCCGGCUCUUCUGGGCCACCAGUUUCCUUACCUUCCACCCUGGCGCCCCCCAGUCCUGGUUCCCCGGCCUCGCUGCCCCGGGCGUCCACGCCUUGCGGGCUCAGCGGGCUCAAUCUGCGCAGCUCCUCCUCCAUGUUGACUAAGCCUCUGCAGGGGCUCCCGGUGGCCCCCAUGACCCCCACGCCGCCGCCAGGAGGCAAGGAUCGGGAAGCGUUCGAGGCCGAGUACCGACUCGGCCCCCUCCUGGGUAAGGGGGGUUUUGGCACCGUCUUCGCAGGACAUCGCGUCACAGACCGACUCCAGGUGGCCAUCAAAGUGAUCCCCCGGAAUCGCGUGCUGGGCUGGUCCCCCUGGUCAGACUCAGUCACAUGCCCACUGGAAGUGGCACUGCUAUGGAAGGUGGGUGCAGGUGGUGGACACCCUGGUGUGAUCCGCCUGCUUGACUGGUUCGAGACACCAGAGGGCUUCAUGCUGGUCCUUGAGCGGCCUCUGCCUGCCCAGGAUCUCUUUGACUACAUCACAGAGCAGGGCCCGUUGGGUGAAGGCCGAAGCCGCUGUCUCUUUGCCCAGGUAGUGGCAGCUGUUCGGCACUGCCAUGCCCGUGGAGUUGUCCAUCGUGACAUCAAGGAUGAGAACAUCCUGAUGGACCUCCGCCGGGGCUGUGCCAAACUCAUUGAUUUUGGUUCUGGCGCCCUGCUUCAUGAUGAACCCUACACUGACUUUGAUGGGACAAGGGUGUACAGCCCCCCAGAGUGGAUCUCUCGUCACCAGUACCACGCACUCCCAGCCACUGUCUGGUCACUGGGUAUCCUCCUCUAUGACAUGGUAUGUGGGGACAUUCCCUUUGAGAGAGACCAGGAGAUUCUGGAGGCUGAGCUCCACUUCCCUGCCCACGUCUCCCCAGACUGUUGUGCCCUAAUCCGCCGGUGCCUGGCCCCCAAACCCUCUGCCCGACCCACACUGGAGGAGAUCCUGCUGGACCCCUGGAUGCAGACACCAGCCGAGGAUGCAUCCCUCAACACUCCCAAAGGGAGUUCCACCCCUUUGGCCUGGUCCCUACUGCCCUAGUCCUGGCCAGGGCCCCCAUUAGUUGGAAUAGCCAUCCCAUGGCCACACCACAGGGAUAGAUGGACAUCUGUUGAUCUGGUUUUACAGGUCAUUAAAAAUCCAGUGUUACUAGGGUCAGAGAUUGGGGAUCAGGGGUCAGAAGACAUAAGCCAAGUUUACCUAGUCCCCAUCCCAAUCCUGCUAAGGAGCCUUCCUCCCAGAACGUACGCUCUCUUAUUCUGGAGGGGGUCCUUCUUUGCUUCUUGUUUUGCUAAGGGUGUUCAUUUGGUUGAAAUUACUUACAUUCUGAGCCUGCAGGGCUCUUAUUCUGAUGAGCAGUAACCCCUACACUGGCACCUCCUGCUACCACCACACAAACUUAGUUUAAAUGCUCUGACUUGGGCAAGGGUGCUUUCCUUCCAAAUACCCCAGCGGCUCUUAUUUUAGCAAAGGGACCCUUUCCCCUAGCCUAGGGUCCCAUAUUCAGUCAAGCUGCUUGCCUACCUCAGCCCAGGGUUGUUUAUUCUGGGGGAGGUAAGCCCUAUUGUUGUCCCAGGGCUUUUGUGUGUGUGUGUGUGAGGGGACCCUACUCUGUUAUCCCAAGUGCUCUUAUUCUGGUGAGGAGAAACCCCACUUUCAUGAUUUGGGAGGGGAUGGGAGAUGGACACUACUAGAGUCCACUAGAAUGGGGUGGAUGGUUUUUGGGGGGGGUGGGGUGGGGGAAAUAAGUCUUGUUGUUUGUUCUCCUAGAGCCCCACCCUCCACCUUUUUUGGAUUCUUGCUGCCUCCUUCUGAGCCAGGGUUGUCCAGUUGCUGAAAUGUAAAUACUUAUGUAUUGGGGAAGGAGAGCUCCAACUGUAUCUUCCUCUUCCUUCUCCCCCGCCUGGAUUAUUUAAAAAGCCAUGUGUGGAAACCCACUAUUUAAUAAACGUAAUAGAAUCAGAAGCGACUGGCCAUUUGUAGAUGUGGUGAGGCAUUCGUGGAGCAUCUACUGAAUGCUGAGCCAAGAGGGAGAUGGAUUGGACCUCUCUGUCCACAGGAAGCCUCAGUCUUGUGGUGCCAUCCUGAAGAUCUUUUAUGGGUUCAUUUAAGGUGAAAGAAAAACUUGAUUUUCCCCUCAGCUCUUAUGUAGCACCCCGUAUGUGCAGAAAGGCUGCUUUGGAGAUACCGUAGACAUUGAAGAUGUCUGGGACACACUCCCAAAUCAAAGAUGGCCAGCUCAGAGGCAGAAAAAACUCCUUUCCCCCAA